GAGACAUGUUAGAGGCAGAGAGGAAACGGCAGGAGCAGCGGGGUUUGAGGGGCGGCGAGUCCCCGAUUAACAUCGAAAACAUGGGCAUUUCCGCCCUUGCAACCAAGAGAAAAGCUACCUUUCCUGUAAACGGAACUCGUUAGCUACCCGCUGGACUUGGUCUGACCCUGCUGAGUGAUUUUAUGCGCGAGUUAUUUGAAGUUUGAAAUGAGGGAGGUGGUGGUUUUGUCGACGGAGAGGUCUCUCCUGUUGUCCAGGACAAGAUGGCAGCAGUACAGGCUGGCUGGGCAUGGCAUGGGUACACUGUAACUCCAUAACAUGUUCAGAGAAGCCCUGGAUUCUAACAGUUGUUAAUAUCUGUGAAGGUAUGGCCUCACAAGUCUUGGUCUACCCACCACACGUUUAUCAAACCCAGACAAGUGCCUUUUGUAGUGUGAAGAAGCUUAAAGUAGAGCCAAGCAGUUGCGUUUACCAUGAGAGAGCCUACCCACGGACGUAUCUGAAUGGUAGAACCCUUGGCAUCGCUAAACCGACGAAUAUCGUUCGCUCAUUUCAGACAAAAGACUCGGCAGGCAGCAGGCCGCGGGGGCAGAACUUUUUGCUUCAAGCCGUCGCCUUAAGAAGCGCAAGGGAGGACCCCAGGGCGACAGCGGCGCAGGCGCGGCAGAGACAGCCUCAGGAGAGGUGGGGGCCCUUGCAGGGAGCGGGGCCGGGGUGCAGCAGCAGCAGCAGUGGAGGAGGAGGAGGAGGAGACAGCAGCAGCAGCGGCGGCGACGACGACGACGAAGGAGGAGGUUUGAACUUGGCGGACGGCUCCCAGAGAUGCGGGCUGAAACGUAAGAGCGAGGAGCUGGAGAACCGGGGGAGCGCCAUGCAGAUUGUGGAGGACCUGUCCAUGUUGCCUGCGAUGUUGCAAACGAAUGUGGGGAACCCCGUCGCCGUGGUGGGCGCCUCGAAGCAGAACGGCGUCGGCGGGGAUGGGGAUUACCAGCUGGUGCAGCACGAGGUGCUGUGCUCCAUGAAGAACACUUACGAAGUCCUCGAUUUCCUGGGCCGGGGAACCUUUGGCCAGGUGGUAAAGUGCUGGAAACGGGGGACGAAUGAGAUAGUGGCCAUCAAAAUACUCAAAAACCACCCCUCGUAUGCACGGCAGGGGCAGAUCGAGGUGAGUAUCCUGGCCCGACUGAGCAGCGAGAAUGCGGACGAGAAUAACCUGGUACGGGCUUUCGAGUGCUUUCAGCACCGCAACCACACCUGCCUGGUGUUUGAGAUGCUGGAGCAGAACUUGUACGACUUCCUGAAGCAGAACAAGUUCAGCCCCCUGCCACUGAAGGUAAUCCGGCCUAUCCUGCAACAGGUGGCCACUGCACUGAAAAAACUGAAAAGCCUCGGCCUCAUCCACGCGGACCUCAAACCGGAGAAUAUCAUGCUGGUGGACCCUGUGCGGCAGCCGUAUAGGGUGAAAGUAAUAGACUUUGGAUCUGCCAGCCAUGUUUCAAAAGCGGUGUGUUCAACGUAUUUACAGUCGCGGUACUACAGAGCGCCAGAGAUUAUUUUGGGGUUGCCGUUUUGUGAAGCCAUAGACAUGUGGUCUCUGGGCUGUGUGAUUGCAGAGCUGUUUCUUGGAUGGCCACUGUACCCUGGAGCUCUGGAGUAUGAUCAGAUUCGAUACAUUUCUCAAACCCAAGGUUUACCUGGAGAGCAUUUGCUGAAUGUGGGGACGAAAACGGCAAGGUUUUUUUGCAGGGAGUCCGAUUCUCCCUAUUCGGGCUGGAGACUGAAGUCAACAGAGGAACAUGAGACGGAAACAGGGAUGAAGUCAAAAGAAGCCAGGAAGUACAUCUUUGGCUGUUUGGAUGAUAUAGCGCAUGUGAACAUGGUGAUGGAUAUGGAAGGAAGUGACUUGCUAGCAGAGAAGGCAGAUCGAAGAGAGUUUGUCAGUUUAUUGAAGAAAAUGUUAUUGAUUGAUGCUGAUAAAAGAAUCACCCCAGCAGAGACCAUGAGCCACCCCUUUGUCAACAUGCACCACCUCUUAGAUUUUCCUCACAGCAGCCAUGUCAAAUCAUGUUUCCACAUAAUGGAUGUUUGCAGAUCACGGUCAAACACCUAUGAUGUAAGCAAUCGCAAUAAGACAUCAUUCAUGAGGCCUGUCACCUCGAGCAGUGCAGCAAAUCUGACUGUGGCUUUUAAUAAGAUGGGCGCUGUUCACACUCAAGCUUUAGCACCAUCUGGUCCAUCUGUGAUGCACCAUGGGAUACCACUUCAGACAGGAAGCACUCAGUUUGGGUGUAAUGAUUCUUUUCAGCAAGCAUUGAUUCUCUGUCCCCCUGCCAUUCAAGGAAUCCCCACUAACCCAAGCAAGCCUGCUGGAUAUUCAGUCAGAAUGGACAAUACUGUUCCCCUUGUGACUCAAGCCCCAGCCAUACAGCCCUUGCAGAUUCGGCCAGGAGUUAUCACUCAGCAGACCUGGUCAAAUCGGACCCAGCAGAUCCUGGUCCCAGCCUGGCAGCAAGUAACCCCUGUGGCACCUUCGACCGCAGCCCUGGCAUCAGAGACCGUGUCUGGCCCCCAGAGACUGGGAGAAUGGGGAAAACUGCGACCCCAUGGUAACCAUUACAGCUCCAUGUUGCCACAGCCUCUUUUAACAAACCAAAUGACCAUGUCAGCCCACCAGCCAAUAAGCAUAGGGAUCGCUCAUGUCGUGUGGCCCCAGCCAGCUGCUAGCAAGAGAAACAAGCCCUGCCAGAACAGGAGUAACAAUAUGUUACACAACACCAAUGCCCAGAACCAUGUACGCCUGUCCCCAAAGAUAUCGGACAACUCUAAGAGAGGCGCUGUAGAGAGCUGCAUAGAGGAGACGCAGGACAAUCGCAGCCCCGAGAGAGAAAAGAGCAGCUGCUGCAAGGCGGGGCAGGACCCUGAUGACUUGGCCGUUUCUAGUAAACAGCGCCAGACUAUUAUCAUCGCUGACUCGCCCAGUCCCGCCGUCAGCGUUAUCACAAUCAGCAGUGACACGGAUGACGAGGAGUCGGUGCAGAGACACUCUCUGGGAGAAUGUAAAGGCAGCCCAGAUUGUGAAGCCUGUCAGAGUACCCUGAAUAUAGAUCGUGUUUGCUCUUUAAGCAGUCCUGAUAGCACUCUUAGUACCAGCUCAUCCAACUCCGUAGAGUCCAGUCCUUCCCCAUGUAAAAGACCCAACAGUAUGUCGGAGGAUGAGCAGGAGAGUGGCUGUGAUACUGUGGAUGGCUCACCUGCCUCCGACUCCUCAGGACAAAAUGAUAGUCCAUUCAUGGAGAGCAGGUUUCUCCCGGACACCAACCAGAACAGAGAAACCAGAGGAGCCCCGGAGACUGAGCCCAGCAAGCCAGCUGUGCGCACUAUGGUGGUACCACCAAUGAGAGUACAAAACAACAACUCCAUUGCUGAUGAGCAGAUGGCAAAUACAGUCUUAGACGCCUCGUGUCGCUCCAUGUCCAAGGGCCGCUGUGCUCCUGGGCGGCUGCACCACCUGUCUGCCGUAGUCGCGCGCCAGCAGAAGAUCGCAACGGCGUUCCAGCAGCAGCACGUCGGCUAUGGACAGGUUCAGCACUUUGGACCUUGCCACCAGGAGUGGAAUGGGAACUAUGGCCCCCGGAGACAGCAGGCAUACAUACCCCCCACAGUCCACGGCCACACCUUCACCCUUCCCCAUGGGAGCCCCAACCACACUACAGCGCACCCCCACUUGUCCGGCAACACUCACCUUGGGGCCCAGCCAGCUCUCUUAUCCUACCCUCCAUCUGCCCCCCUGGGCACUGCUGCUCCAGUCGCUCAUAUCCUGGCUUCGCCGUGUACUACAAGGCCAGUCAUCCAGCCAGCCUACAGCAUCUCUCACCCGGGUGGGCUCGUGCAUCAAGUCACAGUGGGACUCAACCACCGCCUGCUGCCUUCCCCCACCAUCCACCAGAACCAGUUCAAACCGAUAUUCCCCACCCAUUCGUACAUCACGGCCUCUCCCGCUUACACCGGAUUCCCCCUCAGCCCCACCAAGCUUAACCAGUACCCUUACAUCUGAGCCCCGGCCGAGCUCUUCACCGCGCAAGCGAUUGGUUUUAGGAAACAAACGUAGUAAGUCGACAGACAAGCAAAAUAAAACAACUACAACAACAACAAAAAAACGAGCAUGGUUUCCUAAUUUUAACCAUGGCACAACAGAAAACAAAAAAUAUUUUUUAAUCGUGUAGACUUGGGUGCAAUUAAAACUUUGAGCUUUAAAAAGAAAAAAGAAAACUCACUUUUAAUGUGUUUUGCACAUUUGAUAUCUUCUCAUUGGAUCUUAUAUGGUUAACUCUUAAGAACAGGUGAAUUAUGGGAGUGGAAGUCUCGUUUUACUCCUACUAUUUUUAUAUAUUGCCUUCUAACUUGUGCAAGACACAUCUACAUUUGUAAAGCCAUUCAGUAUCCGAUUAUAGGGCAACAGAUGCACAUGUGUCCACAGUACAGUGUAUUCGUUAACUAUUUGUAUUUUUCCUGUGUCUUUGGUGUUUUAAAUGUUGAGUCACUUAAUCUGGAAGGUUGUUCUCCACUCUGCAUGUCUUCUCCUUGCAUGGGCAAAAAAAAAUGGAAAGAUGCCUAGACGUUGCUCUUAAUGUUCUUGUCCUAAGAAUCUCAGCUGCAUUGUAACUUGUUCCCACACAUAGUGCCUUAAAUAUUUGAGGUUGUUAUGUUACUACUUAUAUUAAUGUACUGGACUGCAGCACUUGAAAUUCAAAUCUGCUGAUUAUAUAUAUAUUCACUUACAUAAGAGAUAGAGCAGUGCUUUUUUUGGGGUUUAGUGUAAAUUUGAGAAGUAGCAAGUUUUACCUUAUCAGAGGACAGCAUGCUUUGCUGUAGCAAAUGUUUGCUGUUCGGGAUUUUUUUUCCAAAUGAUCUAGUGUAUAAAGAGCAAGCGUUGAAUAUUGCUUAAUAUUUGAUAAUCAAUUUCUAUUUAGGAUACACUUCGUACUAACAGUAUUUAUACUGUUUAUUGAAACUGCAAUACAAUCUAAAUAGUUGUUGAUUUUUGUUUUAUAUUUUUAAAGUUUGAUCCAUUGGGUUUUAUGAACUAUUUAGAAAUGUGGUGGGCAUGGCUUUGACUAGAUAAGACAAAAAAAUCAAAUAGCUCUUUGAUUCACGAUAUGGAUUCAUCUUAGCUUGAGCAAACCAUGCAGUAUUUGAUAUAUAUUAUCGAAAUAGAAUAUUUAGUGCUGAAGCUUGACAAGGUGUGAGUUAUUUGUGUGCAAUUUUAUCAUUUAUGCAUGUGACAAAUUUUACUUUUUACAUUUAUUAUACCAUUUGUUUAAGCUUGUUGGUGUCGACUGCUUAUUUUAUACAUUCCGUCAGGGAGAAAAUAUAUAUGCUGUGUGCAUUUUUUUUCUGUUUGUUUGCUAGUAUGUGCGUAUAAAGUUUUUGUUUUUACUUUCAAAUGAAGUUGCUUUUGCAGCACCAAAGACUGUAAUCCAUUUCCUAAGCAAGGUAGCUACUUUUCUUGCAUAGACCUCAAGUAUACUGUAGUCAUAACGAUGGGGAUAAAUUUCAAAAAGGUAUUUAAAAAAAUGGUUGAGGCUAUGUUUAGCUUUUGGGCGAGUAAUAAUUUGUAUCAUUUAUCUUGAAUGUAUCAUAGAUAAGCUGCUAUAUAAUGAUUGCCACUUCAAAUAGCUGUGAAAUUAGGUGAUUAACUUAGUUCUUACUUAGCUUUCUUAUUUUUGUAUAGGUCUAAUUACCUGAAAUAGAAGUGGGUUUUUGAUUUCUAUUUUUUUUGCUUUAAUGUUUGGAGUGUCAUUGUAACUACUGUAUUGCAAAUGAUGGAGGUUAAUUGCAUUUGUUAUGUUUUGGGGGUGUUUUUUGUUUCCUUUUUGCAUCAGUAUUUUAUCUUCAUUAACUUUUGGGCUCAUCACUGCAUAUAAAUGGAUGUAUUGAUGUAACUUAAUUUUAUAUGUUUUCAUAUUGGCAUUUUGUAGACGUGAAGCUAUAGCUUGCAGGAUUGACUUAACUUUUUCUGUAAGGCAGUUAUGUACUAACAUGCAGAAAUGUUUAAUUGCAGCGCAGUGCUACAAUUAUCACUGUAGUACAGUUGUAAAGAAAAUAAAUGCCAAGGCAUUAUAUUACAUAUGUUUAUCUCACACACCACUAAACAGCACUUGUAUAACUGUCAAUAAGCUAACUGAGGCCUGGGGUAGGGGAAGGUAAAAUGCCUUUUUUUUCCUCUUGGAAAUUGCAGUGUUCUGUUGAAACCAUUGUCAGUGACAUGAAUUUUGUGCUAGCAGUUUGUUUCAAUCUUCAAAAAGUUUAACAACUAAAUUUUAAACCCUUUUAUCAUUUUAUAUUAAACACAGAAUAUUGCACAUUUUAUACAAAUCCUUUUUAACUGUUAAAUGUAAUCUCUGGUCUAAAAGGCGUUCAGAAGGCCAUGCACGGGACAACCCUUUUGUUAAGAAUUUUUCACUAGAGGAAAUCUUAAUUAAAUCAGAAGAAACACAUUUGUUUGUCCCCUGAAGUUUUCAUAUCGGACAACUUGGUAAGUUUCAUUUCUUAACCACUCCUACUUGUUACUUUAUUGAGAACAGUGUGUAUAACACUGUGUUUGUGCCUUGAGAAUAAGGGGUUUGGAAAACUGAAGGCAAUGCUUGUCUGUUCUUUCCCACUGACUGUGUGGUAUUGUGUGAAGGGGCAAUUUGAUGAAGUCUAUUACAGAACACAACACAAUGAACAGUGAUGUAUGAUGCCACUUUGAAGUGGCAGCUUGACCAAAAAAUACUAUUUCAUCCUUUUCAUAGUCAUUCCAGGGAUCGAAAUACUCUUGUAUAGUCUUGUCCGAGCUAUUGUCAGUGAAGUUCACUCCAUUUGUCAGGACUGCUGCCACUAAGUGAUUAUCACUUUCCUGUUAUUUUACGAUGCAUUGCCCACCUACAAGCCAACUGCACAUUACACCAUAGCCAUUCACCAGUCACUUGCAGGUACUUCCUUUACCUUUGAAUGAGUCGUGGGGUUCAGGGGCAAAUAGAAGCUGAUGAAACAGAUGACUUUUCUGCAUCUUGCUGUAGUGGGUUUUCACAUGAGUAUGUAGUAAGCAUUGAAAUAAUUGGGAUUUAGAGACCUGGAGCCAGUUUUAUUCUGGUUCCACUUGACUGUCAUGUGGUAUGCUCUUGAAAACCGCUAAAAUAGAUAGGCUCAAUUGUCAGGGAAUGCCUUCUCAGUGCUUAACACAUGUAACACUGUUCCAGCAAUAUACAUCUCUGCUUUUACCUUGUUGUCUCAUGGAAUGAAGGUGAAUUGUGGGGAUAAGAAAUGAUUGUAUACGGUGCAUUUCCAUGCAGAAAGUGCUUACCGGAUUUCAGUGGCUGUGGUAAAAAGCCUACUUACUUGCCUUUGUAAACUUUUGAUCACUGAAUGGCCGUAACUAAUAACAUGCAUUGUACUUAGUUUGACUAAUAAGACAUUAGUAUCCUAGUACAAACAAAGGCCAAAGUUGUAACUGGAAGCAAGCAGUGCAUUGCUAGUUACUAAACCAUUUCAUUUCAAUCUGUUGCUGCUUGCUUUUCAUACCAAACAAAUGAAAUAGACACUUGGGCUGGAUGUAGGCAUUUCGUAUAUAAAAAUGCAUGAACAUGAUUAGUGACACAUGCUGUAGGUUUUGGUGAAUUAUGUAAAAUGCAUGUGGGAUUUGAACUAUAUUUCGAUUCCUGUGUAAUGGUGUUUACCAGCAAAUAUGCCUGCACAAAAUGUCCAUGUUAGCCAAACCUAAUUGUAGAUGCAGUGGGUUAAAAUUGUCAGUGAUUCAGAUUGCACAGACAAAUCCAUUAAUCUACCAAUUUUACCAUCAAAAAAAGAUUUUUUUAAACAUUUCUAUUUUGAAAGCAUAAUGAAAUUUUGUAAAAGAAAAUUAACCAAACACUGCAGUUUUUAAACUUCCAUUAUAAUAUUUAAUUUUUAGUUUUGCAAAUUAUUUUAUAUAUGAUUGGUAUUAUUCUUUUAGAGAUGCUUAAAAUGUUUAUUCAGGGUCUUUGUAUUAAUCAAUGUGCUACUGUAUUAAUCUUAACUACUUGGUUUGAUUACUUGUUUUUUAUUUCCCUUUUUUAUUUUCACGUUAGCUGUGUUAGUGAAAGUUAAUUCACGCUGCAAGUUAUGGAAAAAUCUGUUUAGAUUACACAGCAAAUAGACUUGAUUACUAAGUUUGAACUGUUACCGUUUUAAUAUUUGUAGAUUUUGUGGCUUUUAUUUUUAUUUUUUGCUUUUGAUUUUAUGCUACACUAGUUUGCCAUGUAGCAAUUGCACUGUGCAAUAUUUACAAUAUGAGGACUGGGAAAAAUUAUGGAUGUAAUGUCUCUUACAGUUUGCGAUAGUAUUUCUUUCUAGUUCUCAGUGAUUUAAAUGUGACCAAGCCUUCUGUACUUUGUCACAAAAAGCGGGUUUUCCAGGUGACUAUUUUGGUGAGUGUCAAAAUAAGAAUUUAUGGUGUAUUAUUGUCAAGAUUCACUUUGAAUUAAAAAUAUCUAUUGCUGCA